UUUCAAAAGCGAGUGGACUCCACUUCAGCAACACCAGACAGCCAUGCCCUUGAGACCGAGGGCUUCCUCUCAACCUGGAAGAGCAAGCACCCUUCCAAGCCUUAAAAACGUCCCAAUUCUGCGCCCGAGAGCUUUGUCGUCCCACACGCAGUCACCCUUAGAGGAUGAGCUCUCUUGUCCGAUCUGCUGCAAGAUCUUCACCGAUCCCGUGGUCCUGAAGUGCAGCCACAGUUUCUGCCGCCUCUGCCUUCAAGCCUUCUGGAACAAGAAGUCAUCCAAGAGGGAAUGUCCCAUGUGCAGGAGGAAGUGUUCUCUGACGGAGCCCACCGUGAGUCUGGCUCUGAAGAACGUGUGCGACGCCAUCGCACAGGAGCAGAAAGGACAGGCGUCUGGGAGAGUGGGCUCAUAUUUAGCUAACGGGAUGUCUAAACCAGAGGCUCUCUGUGCCACUCACGGAGAGGGACUCAAAUUGUUCUGCCAACAUGAUGAAGAAGUUCUCUGCUGUGUUUGUCAAACCUCCAAGAAGCAUCAAGGCCACAGUGUGUGUCCUUUGGAGGAAGCAGCAAAUGAUCUCAAGGAGGAAAUGCGGCAGAUUGUCAUCCCGCUUAAGAAAAGCCUUCGACGCCUCUAUGAGGCCAAACAGGAAUGUGAUGACAUAACUGUCCACAUCAAGAACCAAAGACAACAGACAGAGAAACAAAUUCACGAGGAGUUUGAAGAGCUUCGUCAAUUUCUUCUGAAGGAGGAAGCUGCGAGGAUUGCUGUUCUGGCAAAAGAAGAAGAGACCAAGAAACAGACGAUGAAGAAAAAAACUGACAUAAUCACCCGUGAUAUACUCACCUUUUCUCAGGCUGUCAUUGCCAUUGAAAAUGAGAUUGCUAAUGCUGACAGUCUCUUUUUACAGAACUACAAGAAUGUCAAAAAGAGAUCUCAGAUAACAUUUAACGAACCAGAAAACAUCCCAAAUUCUCUAAUUGAUGUUGCGGAGCACAUCACCUCGCUGCAGUUCAGAGUGUGGGAAAAAAUGCAGAGCCUGGUGGAAUACACUCCAGUGGCGUUGGACCCUAACACGGCGUACCCCUGUUUGUCUCUUAGCAAGAAUCUGACAAGUGUGUCCAACACAGGGACGAUGAAAAAGCUGCCUGAUAACCCUGAGCGCUUUGACCACCUUGUUUUUGUACUGGGCUCCAAGGGUUUCACGUCAGGAUGUCAUUCCUGGGAGGUGGACGUGGGCCAAAAUAAUGACUGGGUUAUUGGUGUGAUUAAAGAAUCAGUAGGCAGAAAAGGCAAAAUCUCAGGCUGUCCCGAAGGAGGAUUCUGGACCAUCGCUCUCUCUGAUGGGAAGUACACGGCCAUGACCACCCCACAUACACCGCUCGACCUGAAGGGCCACCUGGAAAGGGUUCGGGUGAAGAUCGACUAUAAUAAUGGAGAGGUCAUCUUCUUAGAUUCAGUGGGCGUCACACCUAUCUACACAUUCAAUGACCACUUUACUGAGACAAUGUUCCCUUUUUUCUGUCCGGGGGCAAAUAUAAACGGGAACAAUCCAGGGCCACUGAAGAUCUGCCCUGUGAGAGUGGCAGUAUGGAACAGUUCCUCCUGGUGAUGCCAGUUUUAUUUAAGUAUUUCUGCUUCAGUUAUACACUACCAGUCAAAGAUUUGGAAACGUUUACUUUAUAUUCUUCUAAAUUACUAUUUUUCCAGGUUUUAGAAUUAAAUAAAAUCAUGAAACAAGUCAAACUGAAGAUUGACCAGGUGUGGCCAGUUUUUAUAGCAUUGCUCCAUAAGCCCCCUUUUGGAACCUUUAUAUUUAAGAGUGUAUUAGGCCCUUAACCAUUGAUUGUUGCAUCAAAAAGACAUGCCUUUCUCACUAGCAUUUAUUCAAUGGCCAGGAACUCUGCCAUUCCUUGUAGAGUCUCAGCAAACACUAGCAUGCAUACUAUUUAUAGAGAAGUAAUCAGCACAUGUUUUUUUAUGGUCUUAACACAAACUGACCGUGAGCUCAGUCAAGUGUGUCUUUUAUUGGUAGUACAUGAUGUUACGUUUUAUGGACAGUUUGUUGUCUACCAAAGUAAAUGUUUGGAUAUUUUACUAAUAUUUACAUUUGAAAAUGUAACUGAUAAGAAAUAUCUAAUGAUCAGAAAAGUAGUUGUAUUUAUUGCUCUUUUCACAAUGUGUAUGUAGUAGUGUAGAAAUACUGUCAGAAAACACUUAACAUUAAAUACUAAAUAUGUGUUGUGAUGGUGUUUUUUUAUGUAUGGUAAAUUAUAAAGCACAAAACGUUUUUGCUUUCAGAUAAAUGACACAAUAUUUAAA